AUGUCUCAGGACGUGACUCGCGCUGAUUCUAUUGAGGAGCAGGAGCGUGCAAGAGAUGGCGAUAAAAAACCCAAGUCUCGCCGACCAGCCAAUACUGCUUUCCGCCAGCAAAGAUUGAAAGCGUGGCACGUUCUACCUCUGUUUUUCAUCGUGGGCGUCAUCUUCGCGCCAAUUGGCGGUGUUCUUCUCUGGGCAAGCUCUCAAGUCCAAGAAAUUUCCAUUGAUUAUUCCAACUGCGCCAGACAGGCACCGACUGACAAGUAUGUUUCCGUUCCUCAUUAUUCGGCGACCUUCAAAUCUUCCAAAUCCAUAUCGGCACCCGCCUGGCGCAAGUCCGUCAAUGAUUCUGGCGCCAUUACUUGCACUCUUCUUUUUGAGAUUCCGAACGAACUUCCAGCGCCGGUUUUCAUGUACUAUCGCCUUACCAACUUUUAUCAAAACCACCGCCGAUAUGUUCAGUCGCUCGAUUUGGAUCAGCUGAAAGGAGAUGCUGUUCCCUACCAUAAGAUUAAGGGUGGCACGUGUGACCCAUUAGCGGUCAACACCACGGCUGAGAAGGUAUACUAUCCAUGCGGACUGAUUGCGAACUCCUUCUUCAACGACACCAUCGGAUGGCCCCGAAUUCGCGAUCCGAAUGCACCCGAGAACGAUAAAAGCGGAAAGGAAGACUACAAAAUGACCGAUAGAGGCAUUGCGUGGGACAGUGACAAGGAACUCAUCAAGCAGACGAAGUACAAUUUGGAUGAAAUCCUGCCACCGCCAAAUUGGGUCUGGGCGAGCGAGAACGGCGCCUAUAAAGAGGUUCCCAAUCUACAUGAAAAUGAAGCUUUCAUGGUUUGGAUGAGAACAGCUGGUUUGCCAUCGUUCAGCAAGCUUUCCCGUCGUAACGAUACGCAUGACAUGCCUGCUGAAACAUAUACCAUUGAUAUUGUUGAUAGUAGGUGUUCACCACUACCGCUUGGCUGCAUUUGCUAA